UUUCCCAGCUCUGAAUUAUUAUGAUGGAUCCUGCUGAUUCUAUUUACCGCCUGUCAAACACCCUCAAAAUAACUCAGCAGCAGCAGCAGCAGCAGCAGGAGGAGGAGGAGGGCACUAUGGACUCACUUCAAAGGGGUGGUGACAUCUUGCAUCAAGUCGGAGCUGCUACCCAAGCUAUAACAAGAGUUGAACUCAAUUUAGCAUGUUGUUCAGAAAAGCUCGUUAACUUGAGCAUACUGGCAAUGCAUGUAGCAACAAGGGAAACUCACUAUGAGGCAUUUGCUUUAGAAAAUGAGCAUAUCUCCGCAGAUUCUGCUGAAAAGGCUUUGGAAUUUGAUCUAUUGUUAGCAACUCUCGACUCGGAGAUGAAUGAAUUGAACGACUUCGUGACUAGUCUCCAGAGAGAGAUCGAUAAUACCCGUGGGGUUAUGUCUUUCUUUAAACACUCCGAACAAACUUACCAAGAAAUGGAUGACAAGAUGCGUGAUUCUCAACAUUCACUGCACCAAUCACUAGACCAGCUCUCAGGUUUAAGAGACCAAUCUUCAGCCUUCUCUAGAAUCUUGUCUAGUUUCUCCGGAGAAGAAAAUCGAAAAGGCAUGGAUAAUCAUUUGAAAGAUGGUGGUGGAUUGUUGAACCAGAAUGUAAAUAUAAAAAUGCAAACUGCUGAACAAAAGAAGCAAUUUCUGAGGAUGCUAGAACAAUCAUUGGCCAGAGAGUUGGAACUUGAGACGAAGUUAUCUGAGGCAAGACAGACUGAAGAGGAGCUUAAAUUAAGGUUGCACUCAUCCGAACAAAAAAUUGUUUUCUUGGAAGAAGAAGAAGAAACCAUUUCAGAAAAUUUGUUUGAGGCAGGAAAUGCUUCUGAGAUCCUGAUGGGAACAUCAAAAGAAAUAUUGGGUCAGCUCCAGAUUGCUCAGUUUAAUCGAAGUGGUUCAAUGGAUCGUGAAGGGACCUUGAGAUCCCAGCUUCAAGAUUCUAUGCAGAAAUUGACAGUUCAUGAGACUGCAAUAGUUAAACUUGAUUCCGAAAACUUAACUUUGAGGGAGAGAAUAAAUUCGCUUGAGAACCAACUGAAAGAUGGUAAGCUUGAAAGGACAAUAGAGGAUCUAAAAGAAACAAAUCUUAUAACUGAAAGCAGAGCUGUGAUCGCUGAAUCACAGUGUGAACUGCUUACUGAAAUAAAUAGUAAACUCAGUGAGGAGAUGAAGAUUCUUACAAGAACUGGAAACACUUGUAAGAAUGUUGAGUCUCUCGAAAGGCAGUUGAGGGAAACAGAUAUCCAGUUGCAGCAUGCAUUAGCCUCAGCGGAAGCUAGUCAAGAGAAGCAGAACAUGUCAGACGCAAUAAUAUUUGAUAUGGAGAACGUAAUUAAGGAUUUGAAGUUGAGAGUUUCAAAAGCCGAAAGUCGUGCAGAAAGCACGGAGGAGAAGUGUAUUACGUUGUCAGAGUUCAACGCAGAGCUGAAUGAAGAAUUAAAUAUUUCGAGAGACAGAAUAGAAUGCCUGGAAACAUCAGUAUACCAAGCUGAGGAAACAAAAGCUGCAACUGCUAAGACCAUUAAUCUCCGGUCUAAGAUGAUCACGGAUCUAGUCAUGCAACUAGCCAUUGAAAGGGAGCGCCUCUGCAAGCAGAUCACUUCAUUGAUGAAGGAGAAUAAGCUUCUGAAUGACAAGGUCCGUCGUCGUCAUCAUCCUAGACCCGUAGGAGAUGAUAGUGUCAAUGGUCAAGAAUUUGUGGUCUCUAAGUGUGAAAUUGAGAGUGUAGCAGCAACAACAACAACAUCUUUGAAUGAUAUUAAAGAAGUAGUAUCGGCAGCUGCCAGUCUUAAUAAAAUGGAGAAGACAGCAGAUGAUGAUGAUGAUGAUGAUAAUUCAGCUGGCAUCACAAGUGAGACUACAGAUUCUAGGGCAACAGUUGAAUCGGUUAGGAACAUAGAUGGUAGGCAGCUAAAUUUAAAAUUUGUUGUUGUGUUGGCUGUUGCUGCUGCUGUUCUUGCUUUAGUAGUUUCAGCGUGUCUGUCUGAGCAACCCAUCAUCAUCAGGAGGCACCUUUAAACUUACAAAAACGUCUCAAGAAGAAGAAGAAGCUAUAGAUUGAACUUUGAAAGGUAAUCAAAUCAAACUAAUAAUAUUAUAUAUAAACUAUUAGUGCACCUCAUAUGUUGAUAGAGUUCACAACAUUUUGCUCCCUAAACCAUCAAUCUAUAUCAAUCUAUAUCUAAAGAAAAUGGUAUUUUUGCUUCCAAAUAAUAAAAUGAUUCCAGGGUAAUAAAGGUGUGUUGGAUUUUGUUCUGAAACUUUUAGAGGUCAUCAUAUAUAUAUAUAUAUAUAUAUAUAUAUAUAUGUUAAUUGUUUAGCAAAUGAGCAUGCAAGUAUUAUUAUUAUUAUUAUUAUCAUCAAGCCUCCCCAGGCUAUGCUAUUGUUUUUAAGGGAUAGCUUAAUUUUUUUACUCAUCAAUUCAAUAAUAAUAAUAAUAAUAAUAAUUGGGUUU